GCUGUUCCCUUUCUUCGUCUGCGUUCUUUUACAACUACUAUACCUUAUAUAUAUAUAUUUUAUUAAUUUAAAUGCGCCAUGGAGAUCAAUAAGGACGAAGCCAUUCGUUGUUUAAACAUUGCAAAGAACCACUUUGGCAAUGGCAACUUUUCGGCUGCACUACGAUUCACCAAGAAAUCAAUCAAUCUCUACCCCACCGAUCCAGCCAAGGAGUUUCUCGGAAAAGCAGAAAAGGCAGCAACAGAGGGAGGAGCGUCAUCGACAGCAAGUAGUACUGCAACACCUUCAGGAACAACAGCCAGUGCUAGAACUGGAGCAGCUUCGUCGUCGUCAUCGUCAUCCGAGAAAAAGUAUACAACAGACCAAGUUGCUGCUGUAAAGACUAUUCUGUCGUGCGGCACGGAUUACUACAAAGUGCUUUCUGUCGAUAAGAGUUGUACUGAUGUACAGAUCAAAAAGUCAUAUCGCAAGCUUGCUUUGCAAUUCCAUCCGGACAAGAACAGUGCGCCAGGAGCCGACGAAGCAUUCAAAUUAAUCUCCAAGGCCUUCACGGUACUGUCAGAUCCACAAAAACGAGCAAUCCAUGAUGCAGGAGGAGGAGACCCAGAACAACGCGGUAGUGGAGGUAUGGGAGGAGCAGGUUUCCGGGGCUUCCACACACGACAGGCGGGAGGCGGCGGAUUUGCCGGCGAAGAGAUAUCGCCCGAAGAUCUCUUCAACAUGUUCUUUGGCGGCGGUGGAGGAGGAGCAUUUGGCCCAGGCUUCAGCAGUGCAACGUUUGUCGGACCUGGUUUCUCUCCGCACUAUUACCGCAGCGGUGCCGGUCGCCGCACGGCUGCUCAACAGCAACGGGCUGGCAGACAGCAACAAAACACGCCCGGAUGGACUGUGCUAUUACAGAUCCUGCCUCUCUUGAUUCUGUUCGGUUACUCGCUCCUGUCGGGUCUGUUUACAGACAACACGCCCACGUUCUCGUUGCGGCCGACGUCGGUCUAUUCCCAAGUACGUAUGACGCAGAGCCAUCAGGUACCUUACUAUGUCAACCCCUCGGCCUUCAAAGCAACCGAACAGAGCAGACACAAGCUGAGUCGCGUGGAGCAGCAGGUCGAGGUGGAUUGGGUGCGUGGGUUGCAGCAGUCCUGUAAUAAUGAACGGAGGGAACGUGCCACGCGGUUGAAUGCGGCGGCUGGAGUGUUUGGCAUCGGACGCAAUGAAGAGCAGUAUCAGAAGGCGCUCAAGAUGCCGAUGAAGAGCUGUGACGAGAUUAGACGCUUUGGCUAUAAUCCGGACUACUAGUUUCUAUCGUUCCAGUCACACAAACACACACACACACACACACACACACACUCUCUCUCUCUCUCUCUCUCUCU